AUGGGAAUAACCGUACAAAACAUCACAGGAAACACGGCAAUGGUAAUUUGGCCAAAAAUGGCCAGUUGUGCCGACAGCUUUUACAGCGUCAUGUACCACCCUAACUGGAACAGCAUGCUAUCGAGUUACUCGAGAAAGAGCUUUCAGAAGGAAGAGAGAGUGCCCGCCAGUCGCUCCUCCUUUGUGGUUGAAAACCUAACUCCACUGACAACAUACAUCGUGUGUGUGACUUGCCAGUCCGCAAACCCCUCCAGCGACCAGUGCCGAGUCUUUAACACGCUGGAACGAGACCCAGCAUCCAGGAGCAACACCAAGAAAGAGCUGGCACUGGGCAUCUGGCUUGCCAGCAGCAUCCUGCUCCUCAUUAUCGCUGCUAUCCUCCUCUAUGGCUGCCUGCAUGUCCUGUGCCGCAGGAGACGCGAGCGUUUGCAAGGGCGAAACGGGACCUCCGAACAAGACCACGGGAAGGCAUGGCCCAAAAGCCCGACAUAUGCGUCGGAGGAGCUCGGCAUGCAGAGCCAACUGAUGCAGGACACAGAGGAAAAGCAUCCAGGUGGCAUUCAGCUGGCCACAAUUAUACAGAAUCCCUCAGCGGGCAAGGAACCCGUCAUGCCGACUUGCAAAAGCCGAGAACGAGUGCCAGCGACAGGACAGUGCUCUGCUAUAAAUUAG